AAAGUAGUAGAGUUGAAUUGAGGGGAAGGUAAGAACUUGUUUUGUUAAGUGUAUAAUGUGGACUGAAUGAUUGAGGGACAAGAUUUAAUCAAGCCAAAAUGUUGUUCAAAUCAUUUCAACAGUUAAUAGUGCAGGGCUAACCUCAAAUAGCAAAUCAAAAGAGAGAAGUAGAGAGGGCUUAAAAAGUAAAGUAAUUGUCAAAAAACAAGAAGAACAAGAAGAAAUGUUUAUUCUAAAUCAACUGUGAGAACAUUUUCCACUUCAAUCACCAAUCAAAUUGUUGCCCGUUAACCAUCUCAUUGUCUUGUUUCGUUUCUUUCUCUCUCUCUCUCUCUCUCUCUCUUUCUCUUCUUUCUCUUCUGUCCCAUUUUAUUUUCUUGUUUCCAUUCAAGAAAAGAAAGCCAUCGUUAACAUUCAACAUUUAUAUGUUACUCUUUUUUGUGGUGCCAUACUGAGGAUUACUUUUGAUGGUGUUUCCCUGAAGGAUUUAGCCAAAAAUCAAUAAUAACAAAAGGAAAUUAAAGCUUGUAUGAAGAGACAACUGGUAGUCAACUAAUUAACUCAUCAUGGGACGAAAAGUUUACGUUGUCGGUGUUGGUAUGACCAAAUUUACCAAAUCAGGUGUCAACAAGCAAGUGGAUUAUCCUGAUUUAGCUGGUGAAGCAGUACGUAAUGCUUUAGCUGAUGCUUCCAUUGAAUAUAAAGCGCUUGAACAUGCAUCCGUUGGCUAUGUUUUUGGUGAUUCCUGUUGUGGACAGAAAGCCCUUUACCCACUUGGAACAACCGGUAUUCCCAUUGUUAAUGUGAAUAACAACUGUGCCACCGGAUCGUCUGCACUCUAUCUAACCAAAUGUUUAAUCGAAGGUGGAAUAGUCAAUUGUGGUCUCGCUUUGGGCUUUGAGAAGAUGGAGAAAGGAAGUUUAACAACCAAAUUUAAAGAUCGUGUCACCCCAAUGCAAGACCAUAUCAACCUUUAUUAUGAACUUUUUGGCCUUUCACCGGCUCCAAUAACUGCUCAACUUUUUGGAUCUGCUGGUAAAGAGCAUAUGCAAAAAUAUGGAACCAAAGAAGAGCAUUUCGCUAAAAUUGCUUACAAAAACCAUAAACAUUCAGUUAAUAAUCCAUUUGCUCAAUUUCAAACUGAAUACAGUAUGGAUGAAAUAUUGAAUGGACCCAAGGUAUUUGAAUAUCUUACCCGACUUCAAUGUUGUCCAACCUCAGAUGGUGCUGCUGCAGCUAUUUUAGCUUCUGAAGAGUUUGUAAAAUCACAUGGACUCGAGAAAAAUGCAGUUGAAAUUGUUGCCAUGGAAAUGGCAUCUGACGUUAAUUCAACUUUUACCGAAAAGUCAGCAAUUAAAUUAGUUGGUUUUGAUAUGAGCAAAAUUGCUGCAGAAAAAGCAUAUACCAAAGCAGGAUUAAAGCCAACCGAUGUCCAAGUGAUUGAACUUCACGAUUGUUUCUCAGCCAACGAGUUGAUUACCUACGAAGCACUCGGCCUUUGUCCUGUCGGUGGAGCUGGAGCCUUCAUUGAUGCCGGUGACAAUACUUAUGGUGGUAAAUAUGUAGUCAAUCCAAGUGGUGGACUACUCUCUAAAGGCCAUCCACUUGGAGCCACCGGGUUAGCUCAAUGCUCCGAGUUGUGUUGGCAGGUUAGAGGUGAAGCUGGUGCACGUCAAGUUCCCGGUGCUAAAGUUGCCCUUCAACACAACAUUGGUCUCGGUGGAGCUGGAAUAGUGGCCAUCUACAGACACGGAUUUCCCGAAAUGCUGGGCAAACCUACAUUAACCUCUAAACUGUGAACUUAAUCUCAAUUCAAGAGAUCACAAUUAUCACAUUUUUAAACGCGUUUAAACGCAUAGCCGACCAAACAAAGUCAACAUACAAUUGUUCAGAUGAACUAUUGUAUACCAAAUUGAUGAAAAAAUUUUAUUGAACCAGAUUGUUGUUUAUUUUAUACUAUAGAUAUUUUAUCCCUAAUUUUAUCAUGUUUAUCCAAACUUUUUUUAUGCUUUUUUUACACACAACAACAAACUAAUGAGUUUGUAAUUAAAGAAUUAAAAGAUUAACAUCGACACAUGAAUCCCAAAAAUAAUAUGAUUGUACAAUUAUCAGUCUAAUUAAAAGACAAGUCGAUAAUGGCUAGUAAA